CUUUUCUUGAGAGGCGAGCGCCGCUUUCUUGCUCUCCUCUCCUGUUGUGGCGUUCUCUGUUCCUUGGCCGGCGGCCGAGAGAGACCUCUUUCUCUUCUCUCGGAGAAGAAGGGAGGGAAAGAGGUGGGAUUCGGGAGGAUGGAGAAGGCGCUGACGAAAGUUGGGAGCUUGAAAGUUGGGAGCGUUUGGAUUUCGAAGAAGGCCAAAGAGGAGAUCUCCUCCAUUGGCGAUGACAUCUCUCGGUUCUCAAAUACUGUCGAGGGGAAAGCAAAAUGGAUCUUUGAAAAGCUGAAAGGGAAGUCACCGAAACCCCUACCAGAUCUUCUCCGUGAAUACGGGCUACCACCAGGCAUUUUCCCAAGGAACAUAAUAUGCUAUGAGUUUGAUGAAUCAAAAUCAAAGUUGAUUGUUCACCUGCCUUCCCCCUGUGAGGUCAGCUUCAAAGAUUCCUCUGUACUAAGAUAUGCCACCCGUGUCAAAGGGGUCUUGUCAAGAGGGAAGCUAUCCGGGAUCGAAGGAAUGAAGACCAAAUUCCUGGUUUGGGUUAAAGUUACCCAUGUGGGUGUUGAGAGCUACAAGUCUGACAAGGUCUGCUUCACAGCCGGUGUGAAAAAAUUGAGGCCUAAGGAUGCUUAUGAGAUGCCUCGUGAUUCAGUCAAAGUAGAAGAGUUUUAAGGUGAUGGCACUGAUUCUCUAUUUUUAUUGUUGUGUACACUGUUUGUGAUCAUUUAAGAAUCAGAAAGGUUACUGUGUAUCUCCGUGCAUUGAUGGAUGCGAUAUUAGUGUAAGAGAAGUAGAGUUCUGUUCUCUUUAUUUUUCUUUCAAUGAUGUUUUAGAUAUUUAUGCAUUGAUUCAUUUCUCCUCCUUCUCCCCUCAGC